UUGUCUGUUUUGAGACAGGAAAAAAUUGGCAGUGAGCACUAGCACAGCCAGCUAACGUUUACUUCUGAUAACAGGUUAGCAGUUAGUCGCCGGUUAACUGAGUUUGAGGAUAAGGAAAGGGAUAAUCUGACUUUAGUGCCCAAACACCUUGGUAUGUAGUCGGUCAGUGAACGUGUAUGAAUGUGGCUUUAGGUGCAGGCGGGGACGGCAGCUACAGGGAUUAGCUGUACGGGGAGCUCCUGCUAGCAAUGCUCACAUACCUUCAGACGGCUUGUUAAUUAACUCGUAAAAGGGGAAUUUAGUGCGGUUUCAAUAGGAAAACCUGUCACCAUUUAUACUUUAGCCCUAUAUCAAGCUAAAGCUAGUUUAAAUAGCCCUAUAGUACAGCGUCUGUGUUAGCUGGCUAGCUGGGUCGCCUGCAAGCAAAUACAAGGUUAGCCGCUUGAAACGAGCCACCUGGACCCGAAAAUCACAGAGAGAGGGCUAUGUCUUCAGCACCCACCACACCCCCGUCGGUGGACAAAGUGGACGGCUUCUCCAGGAAGUCUGUCAGGAAAGCCAGGCAGAAGCGAGCACAGAGCUCGUCUCAGUUCAGAUCUCAGGACAAGCCCAUCGAUCUUGUGCAGCUGCCGCUGCUCAAAGAUGUUUCGGCUCAGGAGCAACCAGAAUUGUUCCUCAAGAAAGUGCAGCAGUGCUGUACUCUGUUUGACUUUAUGGACACGCUGUCUGAUCUGAAAAUGAAAGAGUAUAAACGUUCAACUCUUAAUGAGCUGGUGGACUAUGUUACUGUUAGCCGGGGCUACCUGACUGAACAGACGUACCCUGAGGUUGUCAAAAUGGUGUCCUACAAUAUUUUUCGGACACUUCCACCUAGUGACAGUAAUGAGUUUGACCCAGAGGAGGAUGAGCCCACGCUGGAAGCCUCGUGGCCACAUUUACAGCUUGUCUACGAGUUCUUCAUUCGCUUCUUGGAGAGUCAGGAAUUUCAGCCCAGCAUUGCCAAAAAAUACAUUGACCAGAAAUUUGUAUUACAGCUGUUGGAGUUGUUUGAUAGCGAGGACCCCCGAGAGAGGGAUUGCCUGAAGACUGUCCUCCACAGAAUCUACGGCAAGUUCCUCGGCCUCCGAGCCUUCAUCCGCAAACAGAUCAACAACAUCUUUCUUUGUUUUGUUUACGAGACUGAACACUUCAAUGGAGUAGCUGAACUGCUGGAGAUUUUGGGAAGCAUCAUCAAUGGUUUCGCUCUCCCGCUCAAAGCCGAACACAAACAGUUCCUGGUGAAAGUGUUGCUGCCUCUCCACACAGUGAAGAGCCUGUCUCUUUUUCAUGCCCAGCUGGCGUAUUGUAUUGUACAGUUCUUAGAGAAAGAUCCCACGUUAACAGAGCCCGUCAUCGGAGGUUUGUUGAAGUUCUGGCCAAAAACCUGCAGUCAAAAAGAGGUCAUGUUUCUUGGGGAGCUGGAGGAGAUUCUAGACGUGAUCGAGCCCACUCAGUUUGUUAAGAUCCAGGAGCCGCUCUUCAAACUGAUUGCUAGAUGCGUGUCCAGCCCUCAUUUUCAGGUGGCAGAGCGAGCUCUGUACUACUGGAACAAUGAGUACAUCAUGAGUCUGAUCGAGGAGAACUCCAGCGUCAUCCUGCCUAUCAUGUUCGCCAGUCUGUACAGGAUCUCCAAAGAGCACUGGAACCCGGCAAUAUCAGCUUUGAUCUACAACGUGCUCAAAGCGUUCAUGGAGAUGAACAGCGCUUUGUUUGAUGAGCUUGCAGCCAGUUAUAAAUCGGACAGGCAAAGGGAAAGGAAGAAGGAUAAGGAACGAGAGGAUCUCUGGAGGAAGCUGGAGGAGCUGGAGCUCAGACGAGGCAUCCAGAACAGCGAUGGCGUCAUUCCCACCUAACCCGGACCUUGUUCUGCCCCCUACGUGGCCCCAACCAAUCCCUUCCUACUCUGCCACAGGGACCCCGCCCCCUCUUUGCUUUUCACGCUACGUACUUUACUGCACACUCCCUCGUUCAUUUCCUCCCUUUCAACAGCACUGUAAAUAAUCCUCUCCCUCUUUCCUGUAUCAUGCUACUACACUGAAAGGAAGAAAAAAAUCGAUUAUAUCUACCUACGGGAAAGAAAGACUUCAUGCACUCCUUGUUGUAUAAAGAUAUGGUAAAAUGAAAAUCAACUUUGGUCAAAGGAUAUAUUUUAAAAACGCGUCUCCAUGUCGAUAUCGAGUGACGCCCGUGAUCUCCAAGGAAGUGGCCUGGCUCCCCUCAUCGAGAUGCUUGGGGGAUGCUUCGCUUCUGAGAUUAAACAUGUCUUAUGAUGGCCUCACCUACAUGUGUUUUUGCCCUGAAAAGAGAGACAAUUGACUCGGGAGAUACAAACUGUCACAUACUCAAACGAAGACCGGAGUGAAAAUAAACGUUCUCUCUGUGGUGUGUACUUUCAUUUUGUUUUUGACAGGAUGAUGCCCAGAUCUUUACUGUACAUUACGGACAGGUGCUUGAGUGUAAUCGUCACCGCCGACCGGGAAUCUCAGUGGUUAUCUGCGCUCUAUUCAGAGGACAAACCUCUCUGAGGACCUUUAUUUUUUUAACUUGUAAUAGAUUCAUGCUGUCGAAACCUCUUGGAAAUUCCAACGUGGAUAUUCAGUAGUUCACCAAGAGUGGCAACACAACUGUCAGUAUGCCUUCAGAAAAGCUCCGUUUCUCAGACACUAGUAAGAACCGUUGGGAUUUCGGUGGCGUGUUGUGUUCAGAACUCAUCCAGUGUUUUUACACCAGUUAAGUGACAUAUAUUUUUCAUAAAGUACAUUUCUGGACUGCUUAUCAUAGGCCACCCAGAUUUCCGCUGAUCAGCUGUUAGAUAUGAUUGCAGGAUAGUCGUCCACGAGUGAGUUGAGAGAAGGGUUUUCUUUAUUUUUCUAUUGGAGUGUCGAAAAUGAAAUCCUGCUUAUGUUGGGGUUUGUUGGUAAAAGCUGAUCCACUAGGUUGUAAUCUCUCUUCUGAAACACCAGCUGCCAGGGCAGGCUAGAGCUAAAAAAGCACUUCAAGUUGGCUAUUUAGUUGUUCUCGUGGGACUUUCCUCUCUUUUAUUUGAAGUCCCGAUAAUCGUGGUUGUGGAUUUUACAAUGUGAGGAGGCUGUAUUUUAUUAUAUUUUUAUUUCCAGCUUAAUCAUGUGUCUCUUUCUCUCUUCCUCGUUUUAAUUCUCCCAAGCUCAUUGUGUGUUAAUGAUGGCCCAAGUUUGAUAUGUAAAAAUCAAAAGAAAGGGUUUGAUGAAUAGAAUAAAUCUAAUUAUUUUAAAAAAGAAGAGAUAUUAAAUAAACCUGUUUUUGUGAUAAAUUGUUUGUUUUUUUGGGGGUGGGGAAGUCAAUAAAUCGUGAAACCACUCUUUAAAAAUGAAGUUACAACAAAAGGUUCUUCACAGCGGUGCUAUAGAAAAACCAAAAACCAAGUAACAUUUAUUUUACAGUGCUUGUAUUUUUUGUGUAAACCAAGGGUUUUCAAACUUAAUGAUUCCAGGGACCCCCAAAUAUGAUGGACCCCCUUCCUAAAAUGUAUAUCCAUCAAUCUAUUUGUAUACAUAUUUUGCAUAAGAAAACAUUUAAACUAAGGUAUGAUUAAAA